UUCGUAGUUAGCCCGUCUACUAGAGUUGUGAGGGAAAAUGUGUACGUCUACGACGGAGAAGAUUCGGUUCCUGGCGACUACGGUCGCCGUGCUGGCUAUGGUCGCUGUAAGCUCCCUACCGACAGGGGAAGGAUACGACGGAAGCGACCUCAGGAUCAUUGGAGGUUUCGAAGCGUUGCAGCUAGCCACCAUGCAUCAGGUCUCGCUCCGACGAAAAACCAUCGACCAGACCAAGUUCGGCAAUGGUCACUUUUGUGGCGGAAGUCUCAUUAACAACCGUACCGUCCUGACGGCCGCUCACUGUCUGGUGGACAACAACGAUCGAAAGCGGGCGGCCAGCUACUUCCGGGUGGUUGGAGGAAGCCUGAACCGAACCAUAGCUACGGCAAACACCGAAAUCGUCGACGUCAGCCGUGUGGUCAUCCACGAGCGAUACAAUCCGAAAAACUUCGACAACGACGUGGGACUGCUGAUCCUGAGCACGGCCAUUCCAACCAAUCAUCCAACGCUUAGACCGAUCAUGAUGACCACAAACAAACCGAACCCGGGCAUUGUAUGUCAAACUAGUGGUUGGGGAACUACGACAUUUGGUGUCGUAAUGGCAACGCCGGUGCUGAGGGCCGUCAACGUCACUGUACAGCCGACGGAGAUCUGCAACGGCACUACCAGCUACAGAGGUGCGAUCAAGAUCGGAAUGUUCUGCGCUGGCGAGUGGCAGGGAGGACGGGAUGCUUGCCAAGGCGACUCCGGAGGUCCUUUUGUCUGCAACGGACAGCUAGCAGGCAUCGUUUCGCAUGGGGCCGGAUGCGGAGAAGCGGCCUAUCCCGGUGUGUACACUGAUGUGGCAUACUACCAGGAAUGGAUACGGAAGAACGGCGCCAACCGAGCGUUCGAUGGAAUCAGUUUAGCGCUGACAAUUGUCGGGUUAAUGUAUGGAUUCGUGCAACGGUUGGUCCACGGUGUUUGAUGACUGACCACGCACAUUGAUAGAUGAUUAUUUGUGUAU